AUAUAAAAUGUUUUUUAAAUGAUAUUGCUAUGUCACACUCACAAAGAUUUACGGAUUCUUUAAAUCGAUUGAAUAUUAAAGAUGAUUUACCAGGCUCUAUAUCGAACGAGAAACAAUUUUUUGAAUUAACCAAAAAGGAUUCUGAAGAUCAUUUAGCUGAAGAGUUGAACAAAUUACUUGAAACUGCAAAUCCUAAUGAUAAACCGUUUUAUGCAAAGGAAUUUGAAGAAUAUAAAAAUCUGUUUUACCACUUCAUUCAAGCAGAUGCCGAUAAGAUAGUUUGGGAAAACAUAUCUCCUUUACCACCACAAGCAUGCAUACCCUAUCAAUUGUUACCUCUUCCUUUGGAGGUAAGUGUGAGAGAUUUGCUGAGUAAGUUGGUAGUGGUGAAGUUGAAUGGUGGCCUUGGUACAUCCAUGGGAUGUGUUGGUCCUAAAAGCCUGAUCUCUGUCAGAAACAAUUACACCUUUCUUGAUCUCACUAUACAACAAAUAGAAUAUCUGAACAAACUGCACAAUGUUGAUAUUCCCUUGGUCUUGAUGAAUUCUUUUAACACAGAUGUUGAAACGGAAAGGACUCUCAAGAAAUACUCACUACUUAAAAUCAGCAUUUCCUGUUUCCUGCAGAGCAAAUUUCCCAGAAUAAAUAAAGAAACUCUUCUUCCAAUAAUUCACAGUGUACAAGAAGAAAAUCCUGAAGCGUGGUAUCCACCUGGCCAUGGCGAUUUUUACUUUUCGUUUUACAGGUCCGGCCUGUUAUCUUCAUUCAUCAAGAGCGGGAAAAAGUAUUGCUUCCUCUCCAACAUUGACAAUUUAGGAGCCACCGUUGAUUUGAAUAUUCUGCAAUAUUUGCUGAGCGCGAAGGAGGCUGAAGAACCUGAUUUCCUAGUAGAGGUGACCGAUAAAACACGAGCUGACGUUAAGGGAGGAACUCUGAUCCAAUACGAGAACAAACUCAAGUUGCUGGAACUCGCACAAGUCCCAUCCAAUCAUGUUGACGAUUUCAAGAGCAUCAGUAAAUUUAAAAUAUUUAACACGAACAAUCUAUGGAUAAAUUUGCAAGCCAUCGAGAAACGGGUCAAGGCUAAAAACCUUAACCUCGAAAUCAUAGUGAACAACAAAACUUUGGAUAAUGGCCUAAACGUGAUUCAAUUGGAAACAGCUGCUGGCUCUGCUAUUCAAAAUUUCGAUAGAUCAUUAAGUAUAAAUGUUCCGCGCAAACGUUUUUUACCGGUUAAGAAAACGUCGGAUCUGUUACUCGUGAUGAGCGAUUUAUAUGAAAUCAAAAGAAGCUCUGCCCUCGUCAUGAACCCGCUACGCGUCUUUCAGAAUGUUCCGUUAGUCAAACUAGGAGAUUUCCAUUUCUCUAAAGUGCAAGAUUUUUUGAAGCGUUUUGCCAGCAUCCCUAACAUCAUAGAACUUGACCAUCUGACUGUUUCUGGAGAUGUCACAUUUGGAAAACACGUGACUCUAAGAGGCACGGUUAUUAUAAUAGCUAACCACGGUGAAAGAAUAGAUAUUCCUACUGGCUCUAUCCUGGAAAACAAGAUUGUGACGGGAAAUUUAAGAAUUCUUGAUCAUUAAAACCUUUUUAAUUUUCGAAGAUAUUUUUGUUUUAUAUAUUCUUGCUUGCUCUAUCAUGGAAAACAAGAUUGUGACGGAAAAUUUAAAAAUUCUUAAUCAUAAAAACGUUCUUUAAUUCUAGAACACAUUUUUCUUUUAUAUAUUCUUGGCUCUAUCCUGGAAAACAAGAUUGGAAAGGGAAAGUAUUCUUGAUCAUUAAGACUUUCCUUAAUUCUUGAAAUUUUUUUUUAUUAUAUAUAAGUGUUAGUUUAAUUUUUUAUAAAUUGUCAAAAGGUUGUGAUAAUUGACAUUAUAAAUAUUUCAUAUUUUAUGGGCUCAUCUUUUUUUUAAAACAAAUUAUAAUAUUUUAUUUAUUUAUAUAUAAGCCGAUACAUACAUUUGAAAUUUAUAACUUUUAUUAAAUUAUAUAAUUUACGUGUACAUAUAAAUUUAUAUUAAAUAAGGCUCUAAGUUACAUAAAUUAUAAGGUUCUAU